GUAACAUUUCUAAUUCCAUUAGCGACAAAUGCGCAUUUCCCCCGUUUCCAUGAUGAACAGCGUUAUUUCCGUCCCUUUAAUGACGUUUUCUCGCGCUCAAGCUUAACUCAGGGGUAACUUAACUCAGAAUUGAGUUACUUAGUUGAUAUUCUGAAACUAAAAUCCCCGGAGUUUUACAGAGCUGGGUAGGUCUACUCAGAGUACUUUCUACUCAGAGCUUGUUAACCCCGCUUUCUGAAACGGGCCCGGGGCAAAUUGUUUUUACACAGUGGACAGCAAUGCUCCUAGAAAACUACCUACUAUAGGUCAUUUUCUAGCACCAUUUCUGAGUAGAGUCACUGUCUAGCUAGCACCUAGCAAGCGAGACAGUGACCACCUGCGGACUACACUUCCCACAGUCCCCUGCUGGACAGUCCUCUUUCACCAAAGCGUUGCUGUGCGAGUUCUGGUCGGAUUGAUUUACCGUCCGGAUCAUCAUGGAGGUGACUCCGGCGCGUCGCUCGUUUCUUUGCGACAUUGGUUCCUGGGCAGACCGUACGGCGUUGCAUGAAGCCGCGUCUCAGGGCCGGGCCCUCCAGCUGAAGCAGCUCAUAGAGAGCGGAGCCUCUGUCAACACCGUGACCACGGAUAACAUCACACCGCUCCAUGAAGCCUGCAUUCAGGCCCGUCCCAAUUGCGCCCGCCUCCUGCUGGAGGCCGGAGCUCAGGUAGACAUCCGGACCAUCCACGGCAGCACGCCUCUCUGCAACGCCUGUGCCGCUGGCAGCCUGGAGUGUGCCCGGCUGCUCUUAGAGUACGGCGCCACAGUGAACCCAUCGCUCACGGCACUGACUGCAUCUCCACUCCAUGAGGCCUGCAUCCAGGGUAAUGCUGAUGUGGUGAAGCUGAUGAUAACCAGCGGUGCCAAGCUGGAAGCCUUUGACGUCCACUUCGGUCCUCCGCUUCACAUAGCAUGUGCUAAAAGUCAAGUGGAGUGUGUCAAGGUGCUGCUGAAAGCAGGUGCCAAUGUGAAUUCAAUGAAUUUUCACGACACAGCUUUGCACCACGCAGCUCGAGCCCACAUGGUGGACAUGAUCGAGUUGUUGGUGGAAUUUGGAGCCAACGUGUACGCCAGUGACAGACGUGGAAAGAAGCCAUUCGACUACACAACGCCGGGCUCUCCCUCUUACACCUGCCUCCAGUUUUAUGAAAGUAAUCCUCUGAACCUUCAGCAGCUCUGCAGGAUUGUUUUGAGGAGGUUGCUGGGUACCAAAGCCUCAGAGAUCAUGGACCAGCUGAACAUCUCUCGACGCAUCUACGACUACAUCCAGUUCUCUGGCCACUGCUGAAUCUCUCCUAUCCACUGAAAGUCUUAAAAAGAAAGUGUCUUAAAUAACUGUAAUGUGCCAUGCACAUUUAUUGGGUUUCUUGUUAAAGACUUGUGACAAGAGAAACUUAAUAUAAAUGCACCACUCUGAAGAAACAUUUUCAAAAACUCAAAAUUUUUAUGAAAUUUAUUUAUUGGGUGAGACAAUAAUUCUCUUAAAAUAAAUGUUCUGAAGGGUUUUUUGUCAUUUUUAAUUCCCUUUUUAGGUGGGUGCAGUGUGGGAGUUUCAAUGAACUUAAAAAUGUUGAUGUAAACACUUUUUUAAGAUGUCUGAUUAGAUCAGUUUUAAAUAUUACCUUGUAGUACGUAUGUAAUUUUACGUACUUAAUGUAUACAAAACACUUCACCUCAAUAUGAAGAAGUAGCAGUGACAAGAUGUUUGCUCUCUAUUUAAAUGAUGGCUGCAGAAGGAUAAUCAUGUGAUUGUGAAUACUAAGGAGGUUAUACUUUCUCCUGACAAAGACUACUCUAUUAUUUAUCAUUUUUAAUUUACAGAGUGGGUUGGGGAAAACUUGGCACAGCUAUGAAAACGUGAAAGCCUAUUUUUACUCUCAAACUGCAACUACCACUCAAGUUGAUGUUAUGAGGAACUCACAUCAUCAUUGAAAUAUGAAGUUUUGAAAAAAAAAUUCUCUACACAAGCAAGAGGAAUCACCUGCAGAGAAUGCAAAUAGUCAGAAAAAAAAUCAUGCAGAAAAGUAUACAGACCAGUUUUGAAACCU